CGCGUAGGGAUACAUUCUUCUCACCAAUCUGCAGGCGAGUUGGGACGCUGGUAUCCGCCGUCAACACACAGUCGAAGACUACAGUCACUAUUCAUGCACUAUGGGUAACGACGUUUUCUAUAUUAUAAGAGGGCAUAUUUUCUUUUAACGCCAUGACAGUUAACAUUCCUCCACUACUAGCAACAAAACUUCAUUUAUCUAGCGGACUUUUAAAUAUACCUCGUUUUUAUGUAUGUGCGUUUGAUGGACUGAGGCAAGAAAGCCCAUAAAUUCCCAUAAUGAAUGGUGGUCGACUGCUCUCUCUUUUCGGAACGCUGAUCUCUGUUCUGACAGGGUCUCAUGCUAUAGUAGAAGUCACACUGGAAAGUAGGGAUUCAGGAUUCUUUCUUAAGCCUGGUCAUCUGGUGGAUCAUGGUCAGCAAGGUGGUACAACAAGUAAAAGUGAAAAAUUCACCUUGGUUCACCCUUCUUCUCCAGUGACUGUUCGGGCUUUCUAUGGACCUUUUUCAGUAAAGCAGACAUUGAUAGUUCCAUCAGCUAGCGAAAACCGGAAUUCUAGUCAGGAAAAUCUUGAAGAUGAAACUGAGAGAAUCCCACCGCUAGCAGUGCCAUCUGGUGGUGACACAGACGUUAUUGCACAUAUUGUGACCCAUGAAGUUCGCCGCGAUCAGCCAGUGCUUCGUGUACUGUUUCACAGCAGUAGGGCAUCGGAUCCCAAGACAAGGCAAAACUUCCAUGACAGUCACAAGGGGGCGCUGUGUGUGGCGCUGUAUGUGAGCUACCAGGAGGAGCGAGUGAUGGCGGUAUGCAAUCCGAUGUCCAGUCGUGACGGAGUUUGUCUGGGUGAGGUGCUUCUACCGUGGACUUGGUGGCCACAGCUUCAGGCUCAGCCUUGGAAGGUGACCAAGCUUCAUAAAGCUGCUGUUCGAGUAGAAUACGCUGUUCUACAGAGCCACAAAUUGGAAUGUACUGCCAACUCUCUCCUAGUUACAGUGCCAACCGGUGGCUCUAGCAUGUUUCUUGCUCAUGUUGUGCUGUCUAAUAGUCAUGGAAGCUACGAAGAAGUAAAGAAUGAUGAUGUUGUUCGAUUAUUAGUUCCCCAAGCUCCGGUGUAUCCUCGUUCUAAGGUUUAUGUCCCCGUUUAUCUUCAGUCACAUCCAGUCUAUCCAUUAUAUGUGUUUGUUAUAAGUUUGCAGGAACUUUUUACUUGGCUCUUCGAGGUGGAAGAAGACACAGAUUACCAUGACAACGGUCGAAUAAUCUGGCAACUUCGUUAUGUUCUGGACUCUGCAGCAAAUGACCAGUAUAACUUUGACGAUGACAAAGUCCAGAUGACUUCAAGAUUGGACAUUCAGAAAGACGAUGUUCACACUGUGUUACCAAUCGCCAAGUCAACUCAACUGUUAAACACGGCGGUUUUAACUGGUAAGCAAGUCUCUCAGCCAAUGAGAGUGUUCGUAAUUAGUCAAGCAGGAAAAGUCGGUGACGUAACACUACAGUCUUCAUGUCACGCAGCGGACGAAUCAAUUCUUAAGGUUUCACCUUCCUGCACAUCUGUGUAUUUAGAUGGUUCAGAAAUCCGAGGCUCCCAAAAUGCAUCAGUGCUGGUGAAAUAUGGAACUUACACUGGUCAGGCUCAUUUCCUUGUUUGGAUGCCUCAGCUGCCUUUGGAAGUGAAAUUAUCAGAUAACAAGCUUAGUCAAGUGAAAGGCUGGAGGACACCUAGGCUUCAAAGAAGAAAGUUUCGCAGACCUUCUCCAAGUUCCUUUGAUAACCAUGACAACCAGGCCAGUUCUAAUCGCAGAGACAAAACCCAGAAAAGAUCCAAACACAAGAAUAAGAAAUGGAAUGGUGAGAGAGAGGCAUUGGAUGUGGUAUGUAGACUACGCUAUCAACAGGCUGGGAUCCAAGUCUUCACUCGCUUCUUUAGCGUAGACCAUAACUCAGGAAGAGAAGCUUAUCUCCUUAGUAGACAGGUUUCCGUUAGUAUCACAGAACUAGUUUCCCCCUUCUUGCGAGUUGCUGAUUCUAGGAUAGCCAUGCUUAAAGGUUCUGCUAUUCAGGGCUUGGUCAGUGGACGAACAGAAGUCCAGGUUUUGUCCCCAAUCACAGGUCGUGUGAUUGGUGCAUGUGAAGUUCAAAUAGGCAGUGAUAAAACAACAAUUACCCACUUAGAAGUCAGUGUUGUUACUGGAUUGCAACUUUCUGUUCACCCAGAUGAUGAGAUGGCCAAAGUGUUUCUGGCUGAAACAGCUAUCAGUCAUCAUUUAACCACCCAAUACCAAGAAGGACUGCUGCACAUAAACAUUCAUUACUCUGAUGGCACCAUGACUUCGCUGUCUGAUAUCACUGAGACGGACUAUCACUUGUCAGUGGACACCUUUGAUAGUGGAGUUGUGGCAUUUGCACCAAUGGCAGGACUUCACCAUCCCAGAGUGAUUGCAAUUGGCCAGGGCAAAGGGGAUCUGUUGCAUGUAUCCUUGGAGUUGUCUGCCCACUGCCAGAAGCGUCGAAGUCAACCUUUGGCUAUGGCUUAUUCUUAUGUUUAUGUAAAUUUUACAGAAUCAACAAUGACUGGCUCUGUGCUGAGUGACAGCAGGUUUCGAGGUAAACUUGGUUCUCGUGACAGACAGCUGAAUAGGGUUGAUGGUAUUAGAGACAUUAAUGAUGUGCUAUACCAAGAUGGGAUUAAUAGCCUUGGGAAAGGAAAGCCCUACUUCUAUGAGCCAACAGUGCAAGCUCGCCAACAUACAGUUGGUGGGCAUCGAGUUAACUUAACCCCAUUAGAAAUUGGGUUGUAUGCCAUGUUGGGGGUUUUCUGUGUGGCUAGUCUAGUUUUUGUGGUCAGUUGCACAGUGUUUGCUGUCCGCUACAAGAGAAAGCAACUUCCUGUUGCCCAGAGUGGUGAGUCAGUAGCUCAUGCCCAUGACUGGGUGUGGUUGGGCAGAGCUACUCUUGAAAGGAAUUCAGUCAAUACUCGUUGCUCUCAGACCUUGCUCCCAAUGAGUGAUAGUCAGGUUAAUCGGGGAGGAAUUUUCCAACGCCGAGAUAAAAGUUUAACUGGAAGAUCAGUUGGUAGUGGUUGUCGAGCAAGCAACCUUUCUUUCCCUGGGUCUGAAAUCAGCAUUCACAUCACCACCAACCCACAGCAGGCAGCUAAUGAUACAGAGGAUGAAACAAGCUUGAUUGAGAAAGGUACAAUUAACAGCCUAGCUAAUGAAAAUGCUCUUCAUCUCCCAUCUCUUGUAGAUGUUGAACCAACGAAUAAAACUUCACGAGAAAAACGGGUGCGAAUUCAAACCAAUCUAAUACCUUCUCCUGUUCUCCCGGGUAAUCAUGGCAAGUUGAACCUCCAGACAACCUUGUCUACCUUUAAUACGCCACCUCCAGUUCCUCCCCAUCAGAAUCUUCCCAUUCAAAGAGCAAUUGGUCAAGGUUUGAAAGAAAACAAGAACCUUCUUUUGGUGGAAAAUCCCUUAGCAAUGGAUGAAAUUAACCAGAUGGAUUGGGAUACAGUAGCCAGGGGCAUGGACUAUGAUCAACUCAUGCAGUACUUUGAUAAUCUGAAAGAAUCUGAUGCAUGAGGUCCAGAAGACUUGUUAGUUUAGUGCAAUAGUGAAUGCAGCUCCACUAGAGAGGACAAACAUUUUGAUUAGGGACAGAAACUACUUUGAUUAUUUUCCAACCCACAAACACUGUCCCUGCCUGAAGUUUCACAUUCUAUGUCUCCCAUUUCCAAGGGUUCAAACUUCAAUAGUUAAUGUAUUUUGUGCAUGCCUGACUAAAUAUUUUUAACAAACAUAAUAAUCCAUCUUUCUUUUUUUAAUCUUCAUCAAUUAUCUCUCAAAUUCUCAAAACUUUCUCUAGAAAACUCGUGUUAAUGUAUACUUUUUUUUUUAAUUAAUUAAUUCUUUCUUCUCUAUACUUUUAAAAUUUAAUAUUUCUUUUAACAAAGUUCUCAAAAUACAUUUCUAAAAGAAAAUGAGUUGUCAAAAAGUAGAACUUUCUAUGUUGUAUCCAUAGCUGUUUCUAGUGAAGAACCAGUCAUUUAUGAUUACCAUCAUAAUAGACUGCAACAUAGGUAUAUACCUAUAUAUAUUCUUUGUUUUGGAGAAGUUUUUGUAGAUGCUGAUAUAAUGAUUAAUUUGGAAUGAAAAUGUCAUUAGCUUUGGUUAUAAGGUCACAGUUUUUUAUUAUUUUAUUUUUUAAAGAAUAUGUCCAUAAUUUUUUGAAAGAAAUGUUUAUGAAAUCAUUCAAUAUAUAAAAUAUAAUUCGUAUUUUUGUUUAAAGCAAUAAAAUAUAUAUAUAUAUAUAACAAAAUUCAUAAAAUUUUGAAUAUAUCCAUCAUUAGUUAUCAGUUGGUAAAUUCUUCCCUGUCAAAUGUACAUGAACUGUGAGGAAAAGGACUGAAAUUCUCGUUCUUCAGUUUUGUCAGUGUUGCUGUUAUUUUGUCUUCCUCUAUUCCUCAAAAACAUAAAUGAGCUUUAGUUUCUAGAUGGAGUUAGUCAUCGGGUCAUGUUUCAAAUGUUGUGUUGAUUAUUUAUUUUAUGACAAUUUUAGAAACAGAAGACAAAGUGUCUUAAAAAUAUUAAGAUGAUAAAAAAUAUUGUCAAAGAGGUAUUUCACCUCUUCCCACCUUUCUGUUGGCUUUAUUUUGAAGAAUGUUUCUGGUUCCCAUCCCACAAAUUAAUAUCCAUCUUAGUCUCCUAUGAUGCUAUUCUCAGGGUAAUAUUAGAUAUCAAAUUAACAGCUUAAAAACAGCCUUCUCAAGUCAAGUUGUUGCCAUUUUGCACAUUUAUUUAGAAAUUUCUAACUUGAUUUUUCAAGUGGUUUUUGUGAUAUUUAUGAAAUAGUUUUAUGUAAAAAAUACUUUGUUAUGUUUAAAAUAUUAAUUGUUAUUUUUAUUCUUCUUGUAUUAUUGUAAUUUUAAUUAAAAUCAAUUUUUUUUUUCUACUUAUGCUUAGUGUAAUACCUAGAAAUAGCACUGAUUGAUACAAAGUAAUGUUCUAGAUACUUAAGCAUGCAACAUAACAGAUACUGAGUUUAAAGUGAAGUUUUCUAUGAAUACCUCUUGUUGAGGUUGACAUUCCAUGUUUUGAACUAAGUGUUAACCAGUUGGAAACUGAAAACAGUUUCAAUAUUUAGUUUCAGACCAAGGACUCUGAAAGUGGUAUGUAAGUGCAAGAUGUUUUACAAGAGGCUUUCUACAUCAUUAGAUCAUGUUACAAAAACUAAUACAUCAUAUUAGUGGAUAUGUUGGUGGGUGUUGCCAAAAGGCAUGAAAAAUCAGUAAUUGUAAUAGAGUUUUGUGUAUACAUAUCUAUGUUUUCACUUAACUAUUUAAAAACUUUAUUAUUAUUGCAUUAUAAAUGGUAUAGUAGAGGGAAACGUAAAUAAAAAUAUUGGUGAAAAAUAUUUUUAGCUUUGUAUCGAUUCCCAUUGUAAGAAAGGUACAACUUUACUGAAUGUACUCCAUAAAUUUACCUUAUACCACUAUGUUCUAAAUGAAAACGUGCAAAAAAGCAUUAUAUAUUUUUAUGUAGUGUGAAAAACUAACGAGAUCAGAGAUUACUAGAAAUUGAUAUUUAAUGUAAGUUUGAAUUUGUAAUCUCUCUCUUUCUCUCCAAUAGACAAUACAAGUAUUUUCAAGUUACUGUGAGGUCUAGUUUUAAAUAUUUUUAGAUUAAAAAAACAUCAAUAAAUGAAGUAUCCUUAAAUUAUAAGUUAUUAUUGGUGCUACAUGUAGCUUAAUUAUUUGAAGCUCUAACUUGCAGUGAAUGUUACAUAGUGGCAUCUACUAUUACGUCCAAACUUUUGGCACUUCUCUACUUUCCUAUUAUGGAUUUUUCUAAACCUGUAUUAUUUAAACUCAUUUUUGCCUUUGUGUGUUGACCCCUAGUGGCUCAGUGAUAAUUCUGUAGGCAUACGAUGCUAAAAAUUGGGUUUCAUUUGUCGUGGUGGGAAGAGCACAGAUAGUGCAUUGUGUAGCUUUACAACAAUGAAAUCAAAUCUUUGUGUAUUAUAGCAAGAAAAAAAUACAUAUUAAUCCCAGUUUUAAAAUAACCCAGUGAGUGGAAUAUGAGACAUUUUGAGUAAAGCUAUCUCACAGUGAGCUUCUGCGAAUCUUAAAAUAUAAUGUUUUCUGUGCCAUGGAAAGUUAGUUACACCAUAGGUUGCAGUUGAAGUUUAUAAAACUGUUUUAUGAAUAUUGUGUCAAAGUGAGAAUUUUAUUUGAAUAUUGUGUCUCAAAAGGACUUUCUGGUCAACUAAAGAUAUUUAGCAAAUCAAGUUGUGGUUUUAUACUGAAAAAUCGUUUGUUUAAGUCUUCAAACAUUUAGUAACAAUUUAGUUUUGUUGCGUUAACAUAAGAAUUUAACACCAGUUAAAGCCCUCAUCCACUUAACGAUUUUGCUAAAUUGUUUUUAAAAUGUGUGACAAGAACUUAACCUUAUUAUUAAAUGUUAAAAUAUUUUAUUUUUGACGAAGCCAAGAUUGAGGCCACUUAACAUGAUACAUAAUGUUGUUAUAGUGAGGAGUUAAAACUAUUCAACAACUUAAUUUUUCAUAUCAAACUUGUACUGUACGUUAUAAUGAACCUAAUCAUUCAUUCAGGUAACAUCUUAGAGAAAUCUGGUGUCAUCUAUGUUUCUUCUCUGUAGUUCGUAUCUUGUACGCCAUGUAAUAUUGUGAUUGGUAAGACUGUAUACAAAUUCAUGAAUAAAAAAACAAGAAAACGUA